AUGCUCUCAGCUCUGCAGCUGGACGGAACCGGACGCGCGUUCGAAGCAGGAAAACUAAAUAGGUCGUGGCAAGUGGAGACGGUUGCUGACGACAGCCAAACAAAGAAUCGUCUCGUCAUCACAGACAGAGAAUCGAGGAUGGCCUUUUUGAUAGACACAGGUGCGGUCAUUUCGGUGAUUCCCAGUAAUCGUAGACGACAUCCCGCACCAACGGACUUCAAACUUUAUGCAGCUAAUGGUACAGUUAUAAAUACCUUUGGAAACAAGACAAUAACCUUAUCUCUGGGCCUCCGCAGGCAGUUCCCUUGGAGGUUUGUCGUAGCAGAUGUAGGUAAGGCAAUUAUUGGCGCUGACUUUCUACGCCACUACAAUUUGUUGGUCGACCUAAACAAACGUCACUUAAUUGACCCUACAACAACCUUAUACCGCAGUGGUACAUUAACAAAGUCAGAAAUGCCUACCGUAUCUACAAUAAAUAGCAAUAAUCAAUUUCAAACUCUGUUAAAAGAAUUUCCAACAGUUACGCUUCCACAGAACCUUGGAUUAAAAAAGUUAGAGGUUUACCAUUAUAUUACCACCCACGGACCUCCAGUGGCUGAAAGAGCACGUCGCUUACCACCUGACAAGCUCCAAGUGGCGAAGAAGGAAUUUCAGCACAUGCUAAACGAGGGCAUAACCUAA